AAUGAAGAUUAAACUUACUGGAGACGCAUUGCGACAGUUUGGUGUCGCAAAGAUCUUUCAGGAAUCGGAUGAGCAGAAACGAUCCAUCUGCUUUUCACAGGAUGGACAGCGUUUGGUUGUGUGUGAUCAUCAAAAUAUGAUUGUCUACAGUUGCACAGCCCUGAAGCAGUUGUGUCAGGUGCUCAUGCACCAAUAUCAUCCAGAAUCGGUUUGUUUUACACCCCAGACGGAUCAAUUGCUGCACAGCUCCACAAGGAUGGACUUUGCAUUAAGGUGCUUGGAUCUCAGAAGUCGUCAGCAUGUGCGUCUUUUCAGAGGCCAUACUGCCAAGGUGCGUUGCUUGAGCUUUCAGCCUGGGAGUGAGAAUCAUUUCAUGAGUGCCGGAAGGGAUAAUAAAGUGCUUAUGUGGGAUCUGCGUACCUCUAGUUAUACCCGGCAACUGGCCAAAUUGGAGUGUCCAUUGCUCGCCUAUGAUCCGGCGGGUUUGGUAUUUGCCACAUCAACGAGAACCGAACUCAUUGAGAUCUAUGAUGUUCGCAUGCUGAGCGAGAAACCGUGCCAGAAAUUUCACUACGUGUCCAAUAACUUGGCCAACUGGACACAGUUGCAGUUUGCGCCGGAUGGCAAGACGAUUUUGUUGGCCACCAAUUAUUCCUGUUGCUUCAGCGUGGAUGCCUUCAACGGAAGUCUUGUUCAGGCCUACACGGGCCAUGCCAACGAUGGCCAUUUGCCGCUGCAGGUCAGCUACACUCCGGACUCCCAGUUCGUAUUGUCUGGCGCGGAUGGGGGGCGUGUCCAUGUGUGGAAUGCAUCCUCUGGUCAACUGGUUGCAGUCUUACUCAGCAAUAGCAAUCAUCCCGUGAGUUGUCUGCAAUUCAAUCCCCAGACUGCAAUGUUUGUCAGCAGUGAUGUGAUGACUCUUUUCUGGCUGCCCAAGGCCGAUGGACAGUAUGAUUUUGUGGAGGACACGCAAGCACAGACGCAGUCAUCAAUCGAUGUACCCACAAUUGACCUGACCAUCACAGAUGAUAGCGAUCAGGAGGAGGUUCAGACUAGAAGGCAGCAAAUGAGAAAGAAUCGAGUAAAGAGACGUUUGUCACAUUGGCGGCGCUUUCUGAAUGGAAAUAGCCUCGAGGAGGGAGAGCUGCCUGAUGAUAACUAAACUCCUGAUAGAACAACAACAACAGGGACAUAGACAUAGACUAUCAAUCAGAGUUGCACUUGCAAUGCCUGCUGUUAUCCUUUUUCCUCAAG